AUGAAGCGGCAUCAUCAUAUCCACCGCCCCCAUGUGAAGUACCAUGGUCUCCCUCUGUCCUGGGGGGGCUCGAAAUCCGCAACCCCGAGCAUCCUGGCCGAAGUGGACGCAUCGUUCGGUGACGACCAGGGCGUCCUGGAACGGCUUCCUGAGCAGGAGGAGGUGAACAAAACUGCCUCUAAGACGACCACUGUGCCACCUAUGCGACAGGAUGGCAAGCAUCCUGGCCAAGGAUUUCAAGGCAUUUACCAUGUCAGGUUCCCGGUCGUCAACGAAUGGGCCUGCGCAUUGAUGUGCGCGGGCCAUGCGAAGGAUGGCUGUUGCUCCUACAAGGACAACGCCCAGAGGGUCGGGGACGAGAACGAUGGCGACAACUACGAAGAGGAUACCGGCUUAUGCGAGUUCCAGGAGGGUCAUGUGUCCGUCGAUGUGUCAGAAGCAGAUGAGUGGUCCUCUGCAGAGUGCUUCGCCGGAUAUGAAACAAGCAAGUGCCCUGCGUGGAAGAGGGGAAAGUGCAGUGGCCCGAGCAAGAUGGGUGCAGCCUCAAUGGGCCUACCAAUCUGGGAGCUCGUUUGGGAGGACCAUUUCGAUCACUUGACCUGUGUCCCGGACAGUUCGGGCAUCAUGCGCCCAAAUCCCCACUACUGGACAGCCGAAGUUGGCUACAAGCGCGGCAAGGAGCUGCAGUGGUACCAGCCGCAGAAUGCAGUGUGUAAGGAUGGUGCACUGGUCAUUACCGCCAAGCGAGAACGAGCAAAACCUGCGGAUCCCAAGUGUGAGCUCACCAACUACAACCCAGGUGCAUCAGACCCUGAGCUGAAUGACGCAGCUUGCAGCGUCUGUGGGCCCCCAGACUUCAAGCAUCUGGGUUGCUGUGACUUGGUCCAAAACGAUGCGGCCGGCACGCCUGUCUGCGACUGCUCCGCCUCUGCGGAGUACACGUCCGCAUCCCUAAUGACCCGGGGCAAGCAGGAGUUCUCGUAUGGCAUGCUGGAGAUGCGCGCCAAAAUUGAUACCCGACCCGGGGCUUGGAGCUCCCUGUGGUCAGUGGGUGACAUCGAGGGAGUGGCCUGGCCGAAGAAUGGCGAGAUCGAUAUACUGGAUGCGUAUCAAGGCAUGCUGAAGGCGAGCGUGGUGCAUGCUGGUGAGUCAGGCCUUCCAAGCGAGGCAGUUCAGCAUGCAGCUGCUAUUGCCACCACCCCGGAGUGGGAGCAAGUCUUCCACACCUGGACCUUGGAGUAUGAGAGGGAUUUCGUCUCAAUGCGCGUGGACCGGCAGGAGAUCAUGAGACUGGACCUCUCAGUAGCGGAUCCGGUCCGCACCACGUGGCCGAACCCUUUCAAGGCGGACAACAAGUUCUUCCUCAUCCUGAACCUCGCAGUUGGUGGCCACUCCGGGGGUGACCCCUCCGAGUCAGAUUUUCCGGUGAAGUUCGAGGUGGACUACAUCAAGUACUUCCAGAAGAAGAGCCGAACUGAGCGGCAUCCAGCAUUGGCAGUGUACGGCUUCUCUGAGAUCGUCUAA